AGGGAAAUACGGCAGCUCGAAGCAAAUUUAGAGAGGCAGCUCAGAGAGAUGCGGCAACGCGAAGAAAACUUACAAAGGCAGCUUAGGGAGAUACGGCAACGUGAAGAAAACUUACAAAGGCAGCUGAGGGAGACACAGCAACGCGAAGAAAACUCACAAAGGCAGUUGAGGGAGACACAGCAACGCGAAGAAAAUUCACAAAGGCAGUUGAGGGAGACACAGCAACGCGAAGAAAACUCACAAAGGCAGUUGAGGGAGACACAGCAACGCGAAGAAAACUCACAAAGGCAGUUAAGGGAGAUGCAGCAAAACUCACAAAGGCAGCUCAGGGAGAUACAGCAACGUGAAGAAAAUUUGCGAAGACAGCUGAGAGAAAGAGACCAGGAAGUAAGUGAGCUAGAGUUAAGUCUUUCGUUAGCCCAGCAAACAAUAAGUGAACAGCAACAACAGGAAACAUGCGAUUGGGUCAUUUCCCGUGAUGAAAUUCAAAUGACCAAUAAAUGCCUUGGCAGGGGAGGCUGGGGAAGUGUUUAUGAAGGCGUGUAUUGUGGCUGUACUGUAGCAGUAAAGCAAAUUCAUGAUCUGAUUCUCUCCCCUCAUAACAUACUUCUUUUUGAGAGAGAAAUGAAUAUUGCAUCCAAGUGCCGCCAUCCUCACUUGCUUCAGUUUAUCGGCGCCACUAACGAUGAAGGAAACCCUCUGUUUGUGACCGAGCUGAUGGAGAAAAGUCUGCGAGCUCUGUUAGAACAGCGACAACUCACCGAAAUAGAAAUACGCGUAAUUUCUCUGGAUGUAGCCCUAGCAAUUAACUACCUUCAUCAGAAGAAACCAGAACUAAUCAUUCACCGGGAUGUGAGCAGUGCUAAUGUGUUGCUAUGGCGACAGGGUGACCAAUGGAGAGGCAAAGUGUCAGAUUAUGGCACUGCUAAUUUCAUGCAACAGACCAUGACAGUGGCUCCUGGAGCUAUGAUUUACAGCGCACCUGAAGCACUUACAUCAAACCAAACAGUCAAGGUAAGUUUUAGUGACGUUAGAAUUUUUUUAAACGCCGUUUAGUCGACUUUCUUUCCAUCGAGUACUCACAGUGUUGAGUACUCGAUGGAAAGAAAGUCGACUAAACGGCGUUUAAACCAGCCGUAGAACACAGAGUGGCUAUGAACUAAAGGUAAGGGAGCUUUUUGAAUCAAUAUUUCGCGUGAUCAUGAUUUUUUUUCCUUAGCGUUGUAGAUUCGAAUACAUGUGAUAAAAUUCGAUCAAUAAGGGCCCGAAUCACAUGUAAUAAUGCAAGAAAUAUCGAUUUUCGUUAUCUUAAAGGCUACUAGUACCGAUUGACAAACAAGAAGACUUCAUAUCUUUAAGAUUUUUUGCAUUUAUUUGGCAUCAGAUAAUACACUAAUAAUUCUAGUAUAUUCCGACCGAAUGACCUCUGAAGCCCGAACCCACAAAUAGUGCGCUUGGGCUGCCUGUGGUAAAUCAUACAACUCUAAAUUCCAGCUCCUCCUGGGUAUUCCAGUCAACAAUGGUAAUGCAACAUUUGGGGCGGGGGAUAAACAAGAUUAAUUACGGUCAAAAGAGUGAGUCGGGAAGAGAAACUAACCUUAAGAAAGAAACCCAUGCACAAUGCACAGAAAUGUAUUACAGGUGGAUUUCCACUGUCGCUUAAUACGUGCGUAUAGAAUAGAGGUAUUAUAUGGAAGGUCACGCGUAAACGAAAACGUAGAACCUCGCUCAACGAGCGUAACAAUAGGCCAUUUGCACUAAGAGGCAUGUGACACCGUUUUUAUGAAAAUGAAAGUCAUAUGAUUUUGCCAUCGAAAAACGAUUAGCGGGUCAUAUCUUAAACAAAAUAAUGGGAUUUGGUUUGUCAAACCCGCACCAUUUUUUUUAAAAUGAAUAAGUUCGUAAAUGGUCACGAGACCAAAAUGUGAUUUUUAAAAUUAUGAAUUACUUCUCUCUGAACACAAAUUUUGCACUUAAACUUCAAGGAAAUUGUUGAAAAGAUGAUGUGAUAACGUUUACAGCACAUUUGAGCGUAACUAUGAAACGUUGAACAAGAUAUAAGCAAGAAGUAGUUUUGGCCGGCGUGUUGGAGGGCAAGAGCAUGCCCUCCAACAUGGCGGGCAAUACAAAUCAUAAUACGUUGCUGAAAAAUCAAAGUGCCACAAAAUAUCUCCCUUAAAUGCGUUUCCUCUCAAAUUCCGGGUGUAAGAUAAUUUUUGUGUGCUCUAACAAUUUUUGGCAUCAGCAAGAUUCCAACUCAUUGUUUAAAGGAAGCAUUGGUCACGUGACCUCUUAGUGCAAGUGGCCUAUUUGUUUGCGUAUAUGUACGUACGUGAAGAUUACGCGAUAGAGGAAACCCAUCCUUAUAGGAUAGGUACGGGCUAUAGGCGGCGUGCUGGAGUAACAACAUCUUUUUAAAAGACUUUCCUUACUAAAGCUUAUUAAGGGUGGAUUUCCAUUGUGGCGUAUGUGCGUAAAAUUUACGUUCGCAAAUAAAAUAGAGGCAUUGUUUGAAAAGUCCCACGUAAACGUAAAAUUUGAACCUCGCUCAACUUUGAAAAAAAAAUGCUCAACAGUUUAUAUCUUGCCUCUAUUUUAUUUACGAGAUUAAAAUUUGCGUGCGUGUAAACGCACGUAAAGAUUACGCGACAGUGGAAAUCUACCCUAAGAGGCAUCAAAACCAGAAUGUAAUACCGAACCAAAAUGUUCUCAACAAAAAUGUUAGCAAAACAAGGCGAGUAAGGUACAGUGAGUUCAUCAGUUUGUGCAUCGUUUGCUUCUAAAUGACCUUUAUGGAGAGGUUAUUUUGGCCUUUGGGACGCACUUUACGAGGUUUUUGUUGAGAAGCUCAAUAAAAGUCAGGUGUUUCAAUAAAGAUUGAAGUAGCCAGCAGGUUUGAAUAGAGUAACAGACUGUGUAUCAACAAGGGGCCGUUAGUCCCCUUUUUCUAGGCGGUAGGUGUUCUGAGCGCGUUCUGCCCCAGACAAUUUUGAAACUUCAAAGCCCUAAAAUGCGAUUUUCAGCGCUCUGGGGACUAAAUUUGAUGAAAAAAGAGCGUGUUUUUCAUUCAAGAAAAUGUAGCAUUCGAUUUAUCAGUCACACAUUCAAUCAGUUCUUGAAAGCAAUGAACAAAUGAUGAAAACUAAAUUACGUACUUUUGCACUUAAAUUCUGUGUGAACCUAUGAAGAAACUUGUGAAAAAAUGACUGAAAUAUAGCGUUUACAUGACUAAAGCAUAACGGAAAACCAGUGUGCUUUUAUGAAAACACAACUAGUUAUUCAAACUAGCUGCUUCGUCUUUCUAGAAAAAGGUAGCCGACCUCUCUGAGCAAAGUAGCCGACGUCGGCCGUCGGUGCUUUUUGAAACCCCUGAAAGUAAACAUAUUGUCUGUUCUCUAGGACAGAGAACAUAUUUAUUAGUAGAGUUUCCACUGUAGAAGCAGAUAGGGCAGUAAAGAAAUAAUAACCACAUUGUUCUUGUCUACUUCAGUUUUCUUGGAGAGGGGAGGGUGGGGGUGGAGGUGGGUGCUUAUUAACUUUUCCUCCCUACAGGAUAGGAUGGGUUCUUAUUCGAGAUGGGCUACAUUGUAAUUCGAGGCUGGGCGCUUAAUUGAAUAAAUACGAUAUGUGUUAGACUUUAUAGUCCUUUAUCUCCUGAAUUUGCUAAGGAACAGUCAAAUGGAGACGCGAACGUAACCCCCUCCCCUCCCCCUUAAUCUGCAUAAUUCUUCAGAUCAUACUCAGCUUCAUCUAAUAAAUGUUAAAUGGCUAAAUAGAAAUUAAAAAUGAUACUAAGUGCUGGGUAUAACUGGUAGUAGCAUAAUAGGAUGCUCUAAGGCAAAUAACAAGAAAUAAUCUGUAUAUUGUUCAUAGGUUGAUGUUUAUAGCUUUGGUGUGCUUCUUUGUGAAAUGUGCAUCCGGCAACUUCCAGAUCCUAGAAGACGUGAACAGCAAGUUCUACUGAUGACGAAUCGCGCCUUAAGAGGCCUGGUACGACGAUGCCUGCAGACAGAUCCUGAAGCGAGACCAACCAUGCAGGAUAUAAUCGAUGAACUAUCCAGAGCUGUGUAA